CUGUGGCUGACAACACUUGCGUGGCUCUUGCUGGCAUUGUACAAGCGCUGCGAGUAGAAACAUGUCGGACAAGAACCUCGCGACACCCGAGCGUGUGGCUUUGAAGGAAGAUUUCAAGGCCAUGCUGAAGGAGAAGGGCAUGACGCAGGCUCAGUUUGCGAAGAUGCAUGGCUUGGACCCAUCCUUGGUCUCGAAGGCCGUCAGGCCAAAGACGCCCGAGAGUCGGCGAGUCAACGCGCGGAAAGUAGUGCGUGAGGCGGUCAAUGUAUGGCGGGCCGAGAGAGUUCGCGAUUGUGAAGAUGAUCGCCGGCCAGCACCUCCCGAUCUAGGCGAGCUCCCGACGCACCGCUUGGUGGCAGACCCAUCCCAGAUGCUUGUAGCCGUGUACGCGGCGGGCCAUCCUAUGCACGUCCGUGACCACAUCCGCGCCUCGAUGCAGCUGCCAAAGCCCAAGACGAAGACCGCUGUUGCGUUUGCCGCCAUGACCGAGCCAAUCGGUGGUCCAGACGUGGCACAGGGACUGGCACGUCUUGCGUGUGCAGAGCUGGACUUUGACCGCCUUGUCAACUUUAUGGACGAUGAUGGCGAGGCGCUUUCGCAUGCUGUCGCUGAAGUCAUGGGUGGCACCGGUGCGGGCGAUGAGUCCCUAGUCUGCGACGGCGGUGUGCUUGGCGAAGCGAUAUCCAUUGACCCCCCCGAAGAGGGAGGAUUCAAGGUGGUUGGCGUCCGAUCGCGGCCCGACGGCCCAGUUGAUGCCGGCUUUGUGGUGCUUCUGCGCAAGGUCGUGAAGCCCAAUGAUGUUGGAGCGCUCCAGCUUAUGCGGCUCACGCAUGAAGUCAAGAGCGUGAUCAGCGAAAGGAUGGAGUCGUGGGUCGAGCAGCGAUUCGACAUGAGCCAGCUCGAGAACGGUAACCGAGAUGCAGUGUUUCUGCGCGAUUCCCCCGACACUGAUGGCGUCGGCAAGCACCAGACUUUUGACAACCAAGUCGGCGCUGCCGAGCGCAUGUAUGAGGUCAUUGUCAAGCAUCUGAGCCAGGAGCGGAUGCGUGAGUUUACCUCCAUCCACGCCCUUAUCCUCACCCCCAACCGUGUCUCGCUCUGCGAGCAGACCCAGCAGCGAUGCGAUUUGUUUGCCGCUCAUCUGGAGGGACUUGGCCUCGCAAACCUUGUCACGACCGAGGUACUGCAGGCUGGCCGGGGCGCGGAGAACCUUGCAGGCCGGACAAAAGCUUUGCUGAAGUUGAUCACAAAGUCACCACGCACGCUCUUUCUGGUCAUUCAGGACGAGUGCCACUGGGGUGCGGGCUUGAUGAAGCAAAAAGGCUCCAAGAAGGAGUCGGACGGCGCCGGCUCGAGCUCGGGCAAGCAGACACAGGCAUCGGUCAUCAGCUCGAUUCUACUUCACAAGACGUUUCUGGAGGCUGUGGUCGAUACCCAAAACGUGAUGGUGGUGCAGGUCUCGGCGACACCGCACAACCAGCUCAUCCCGCACUGCACGAUGAGGGACCACGUGGUGGACAUGCUCGCCAACGGAGGCCGGCCGCCGUCGUACAACGGCCUCGACGAGCUUGUCUUUAAGGAAAGGUGGCAUGCCGAUGAAAGCUUGGAGGACUUGCUCGAUGCCGACGACGACGAGCUGCGGAGUCUAGCGGCGAUCUUCUUCCACGCGCGGACUAGCGUGUCGACGCGCAUCUACGUCGACCUGGUGCAGCUGUUGUGGUACGCGCGAGCCAUCGAGCGCAAGGACCGCCAUCCGCUUGUCGCGCCGCUGCUCGAGGGGAAGCAAGUUGUGCAUGCGGUGCGUCUCUCGUCGAGCAAGAGUCUGGCUCUCUUUGCUAGGGCCAUCGGAUCGUUGAUGGCUGUCGAUGCGCCCGAGGUUGCGGUUGUGUACUCGCGGUCGGGCACGGGCUUUGAGACGGUUAGUGCGCGGUUUGCAGAGAGCAACGAGACGCAGUUCUCCCGGCUUGGGGCAUGUCCGACGCUGUUGGUUCUGGUUGACAAGGGCCGAAUGGGCGACUCAUUCCCACCGAACUUUGCAGCCUUUGAUCUCCGAGGGCGGUAUAGGUCUGUGGUCUCACAGUGGGCCUCGUUUGAUCAGGACGUUGGGCGUGCGUUUGGCCACAACACCAUAUGCGAGGUGCACUCGUCACAGGCGGCGCGCAACCUGGCCGAGUUUGUAGCUAACACCAAGUUUAACGAUCCGUCGUGCGACUACGUGGCUGCGGCGGCGCGCGAAGAACUCAUCAAGACGGUCGGACAACACGUCGAGGCUGGCGACGAUGAUGGCGACGAUGAGGAGACUGCAGGAGAGCUCGAGAAUGCGGCUGAAGAGGCCAACGAAAUUGGUUUCCUUUCCGUGGAGCACGUGCUGAGCGCGACACAUGCGCUCGCGAUGUACAAGGAUCAAGACAAGCACUAUCGCCAGAUCCGCAAGUCUAUCUCCGCGCGGAUUGUGCUCACCGCCGAGCCACAGUGCGGCAAGACCGGGACGUUCCUGCACCUCAUCGAGCUGUGUGCGAGGGCCAUCCCGAACGAUCGCGUGACACCAUUGAUGGCCGCGAUCAAUAAGCUGUCUUUGGCCGAGCGUGCCGAGCUUGACAAGUUUCUCAACAACAGCUAGUGAUUGGUGUCUGCCAGCGCAGGCCUACCGCCCAGUCAGCACUGGCGAGCGCGCAUCGCAGCGAGCGAGCGACGAACGGGAGACGAAACAAAGAACACCAUGUACUCUGCGACAAACACUCUCGGUUGCUGGUUGAGCGGUCGCUCUGCUGGCUCGACGGUUUAAGAUAUUCCUCGCAAGCG